AUGAGCGCUCAGCCCCUUCCUACGAUCCGCCGACUUGUCACUGGCCAUGAUGGACAGGGCAAUGCCAUUAUCUGGAAAGACGAUGAAAUCAAGGCAUCCCAAGCACAGCAUGGACCGUUUCUGACCCGAAUUUGGUCAUCCUCCGAACUGCCUCCUGAUGUCAAUACUGCCGACGACCUUGGCUUAGUCGAUACUGGACUGGCCAACAACGGUACAAUCUGCCGCAUUGUCGAUUUCCCCCCAAAGUCCGUGGGAAUGGUUCACCGAUCAAUCACUCUUGAUUACAUCUAUGUGUUGGAGGGGGAAGUCACAUUGACUCUUGAUGAUGGUUCAAAGACCAAGGUUCAAAAAGGCGAUAUUGUGGUGCAGCAAGGAACAAUGCACGGAUGGGACAACGAGACAAACAACUGGUCACGACUGCUGUGUGUCUUGAUUGCUGCGAAGCCUCCAAUUGUUUCGGGGAAAAUAUUAAAGGCGGAGGUUCCCUUCCAGAUUUAG